AUGGAAUUAGUGAUUCCGGAUCGCAAAUUAAUCGCGAUCGAAUAUCCCGGCAUUGUUAACAACAUCGACAAGGCUUUUGAUACGCUUGGCGGAUUGAAACAACUCACUGAAAUUUUUAAAGAUAUAAGCAAAAGAAUAAAGUUGAACUUUCGACCUGACAACCCAUUUUCCAGGCCAGCAUACGGGGACAGGAGCUCAAGGUAUUGCCUACUUCUCAAAGUCAGGAGGAAAAAGAAUAAUAAUAGUAAUAAUAGCAAUAAUAAUAAUAAUAGUAAUGUCGGUUGUCGUAGUGAUACCAGAUCUAGUUUAGGGUGUUUGGAGGGUGAGAUUGUAGGGACAGUUGAGACAGUAAUAACAUUCACUUCUCUCUGUGACUUCCAGUACCUUCCAAUGACUCAGAACAAAAACGGUACCUACACGAGUUUCCACGAUGACAUCACAUUUAAGGACGUCAACUUGAGAGACUACAGCCAAUGGGUGCAGAAGCCAGUACCACUUUUCCUACUGCCUCCAUUCUUCAGUCGAUUUGAUCAACCAUUUCAGUAUUGUUUCAGGGAGAAGGCGACGGAGAAGCAGUUUAACUUUCCUAAAAAUUGCAUCGGAAUUUCCAGAUCCAGACGACCCCACUUUACCAAUUUAUUUAAAUUUUCAAGUUCAUGCGUACCAAAUGAACCGAACGUCGAAGCGGUACUCAAAGUUAAGAAGUUACUCAUUCCUAACUGGAAAAUUGAUAGGAUCAAAAAUGCAUUCGACAAACACCCUGUCUACACGUCUGUUGCUCUGAUGGCAGAAAUUGGACCCCUCUUUACAAGAGAAGAUCUCAAGGCCAUCCUACCAACUGUGACCUAUUAUUGCGUGGAUGGGCCCUGGAGGGCCAUGUGGGUCAGACUGGGGUACAACCUGAGGCAGCAUCCUGAGUCAAAGAUAUACCAGAAUUUGGAUUUUAGACAGGAAAGAAGUUACUCCAACUUAUUCACGAACAAGAUAAAACCGAAGAGGAACACAUUUGAACACAACCUACCGACAACAAUCAGCAAGACUCACAUCCAACAAGUCUCAAGUUUCAUGCAACGACAAGAAGAACAACAAAACAACAACACCACCAAUAGCGAUGAUGAUGAUGAUGAUGUUGGGUGCGAGGUUGAUAAUGAUGACGGUGGUGGUGAUGUUGCUUAUGAUGGUGGUGCUGGUGGUGGCGGGAUAAAGAGAAAAAAAAUGAAGG